AUGGAUACAAGCACAGCAGCAACUCCAAUAUUAACAAUUAAAUUAGUCUUGCUUGGAGAAUCGGCCGUCGGUAAGUCAUCAAUAGUCCUUAGAUUUGUAUCUGACGACUUUAGAGAAAGUAGAGAACCCACUAUUGGUGCCGCCUUUUUGACGAAGAGAAUCAUAAGAGAUGACAAGGUCAUCAAAUUUGAGAUUUGGGAUACAGCAGGCCAGGAAAGAUUUGCACCCUUAGCGCCUAUGUAUUAUAGGAAUGCCCAAGCUGCGUUAGUUGUUUUUGACGUUACCGAUGACGGAUCUUUUCAUAAGGCUCAGGACUGGAUCCAAGAAUUACACGAAAAGGUGGGUGACAACAUUGUUAUUGCAUUGGUAGGUAACAAAAUCGACUUAUUGAACAUACAAGGCGAAAACUCAAAUAGGGCAGUGAAGGAAGCAGAGUUACAAAACCUCUGUAAACGGGAAAACCUUUUAUACUUCGAAGCAAGUGCCAAGACUGGUGAGAAUAUACACGAAAUAUUUCAGAAACUUGGACAAAAAAUACCAUAUCCCCAAAAGUGUACAAGACAAAAUUCUAAUCAUGAUCUGACUAUUACUGAUGACCAACGAAUUGAUCUCGAAGCAACGACAGUAGAAGGCACUAGAGAGACAGGGACUUGUAACUGCUGA